AUGGAUGAUAAUGCUAACGAUGAUAAACAUGAACAACGAUUUAUGGUUCGAGCUAAUAAUCAAGUUCAAAAUAAAGAAUUUGGUGAUGCCGUUCGAUCAUGUCAAGGAUCCAUUGGUUUUGUACUGGACAAGGAUCAAAGACAACAACUUCACCGUGAAAUUAGUGGACAGGGCUAUGGGUUCCAUGACAUUGUUGGGAUCUGUAUUGAUUUGUUUGGAUGA